GGCUGCAGGAGCUGCUUCCUGGCCCCAACAGCUCUCACGGAGUCCACGGACCCCACUUGGCUUCAGGCUUGUGGGAGGAGCAUCAGCAAGAGAGCUGGAGGGCUGAGGUCCAGUGGGAACAUGGCAGCCAACCCCAGCUCUCCUGGGCCAUCCCUGGCUCUGGGCAUGGGGACCUGUGACGACUCCUGUGAGGUCUCUGUGUCAUUCGAGGACGUGACUGUGGACUUCAGCAAGGAAGAGUGGCAGCAACUGGACCCUGCUCAGAGACGCUUGUACCGGGAUGUGACGCUGGAGAAUUACAGCCACCUGCGCUCAGUGGGGUAUGAAGUUCCCAAACCAGAGGUCAUCUUCAAGUUGGAACAAGGAGAGGAGCCAUGGAUUUUGGAGAGAAAAACCCCACAUCAGAGCCAUACGGAUGGGAAGUUUGGGAUUAAGACCUCACAAAAAAGAAUUUCUGGAAAAGCUUCCUUUCAUGGUGAAAUGGAGGGUGAAGAUACAAGAGAUGACUCACUGUAUUCCAUUUUAGAAGAACUGUGGCAAGAUUCUGAGCAGAUAAAAAGAUACCAGGAAAAACAGAGCAAACCUCUGAGUCAUGCUGCUUUCAUCAAUAAGAAAGUACUGAAUACAGAGUGGGAUUUUGAAUAUAAAGACAGUGGAAAAUUUGUUCAUCCAAGCCCAAAUCAUAUUCCUUCACUGAAAAGACCCCAUAAAUGUGACUCAUUUGGAAAGAGUUUUAGGCAUAAUUUAGACAUACAUAUUCCUAGUAAAAAUAAUGCAACGAAGAACUUUGAUAAAAAUACCGGACAUGGUCAAGUUUUCACACAGAGCUCUUCUUAUACUAACCAUGAAAACACUCAUACAGGAGUGCAGUUCUGUGAAAGUGAUCAGUGUGGAAAGGUCCUCAGUCUCAAACAAGCAUUCAGUCACAAUCUGAAAUUUCCUGCUGGGGAGAAAGCAGACAUGUGUUCUGAAUUUGGGAAGAUCUUCACCCAGAAGUCACACCUCUUUCCACCUCAGAGAAUCCACACUAUGGAAAAACCUCAUGAACUUAGCAAGUGUGUAGAUGUGUUUACACAGAAGCCACUACUCAGUAUAUAUCUGAGAGUUCACAGAGAUGAAAAACUCUAUAUAUGUACUGAGUGUGGGAAGGCUUUCAUCCAGAAUUCAGAAUUAAUUGUGCAUAAGAAAACCCACACUAGAGAAAAACCCUAUAAAUGCAAUGAGUGUGGAAAAUCAUUUUUCCAGGUGUCCUCUCUACUUAGACAUCAGACAACUCACACUGGAGAAAAACUCUAUGAAUGCAGCGAAUGUGGGAAAGGCUUCUCCCUGAACUCAGCCCUCAAUGUACAUCAGAAAAUUCAUACUGGAGAGAGACACCACAAGUGUGGGGAGUGUGGGAAAGCCUUUACCCAAAAAUCCACACUCAGGAUGCAUCAGAGAAUUCAUACAGGAGAGAGAUCUUACAUAUGUACUGAAUGUGGGCAGGCCUUCAUCCAGAAGGCACACUUGAUUGCGCAUCAGAGAAUCCACACUGGAGAGAAGCCCUAUGAAUGCAGUGACUGUGGGAAAUCUUUCCCUUCUAAGUCACAACUCCAGAUGCAUAAGCGAAUUCACACAGGAGAGAAACCGUAUAUAUGCACUGAAUGUGGGAAGGCCUUUACCAACAGGUCCAAUCUCAAUACUCACCAGAAAUCUCAUACUGGAGAGAAGUCUUAUAUAUGUGCCGAGUGUGGAAAAGCCUUCACGGACAGGUCAAAUUUCAAUAAGCACCAGACCAUUCAUACCGGAGAGAAACCGUAUGUUUGUGCUGAUUGUGGGAGGGCCUUCAUCCAGAAAUCAGAGUUAAUUACACAUCAGAGAAUUCAUACCACAGAGAAGCCUUAUAAAUGUCCUGAGUGUGAGAAGUCCUUCUCCAAGAAACCACAUCUCAAAGUACAUCAGCGAAUUCACACGGGAGAGAAACCGUACAUGUGUGCAGAAUGUGGGAAGGCAUUCACUGACCGGUCCAAUUUCAAUAAACACCAGACAAUUCACACUGGAGAUAAACCCUAUAAAUGCAGUGACUGUGGAAAGGGCUUCACUCAGAAAUCGGUCCUGAGCAUGCAUCGCAAUAUUCAUACAUGAAAGGAGCCCUUUUUCUUUCAAAUGAGCAAGCCUUAUCACUGAAGUCAGGUCCAAGUGUGUGUUUUAAAAUCCAUCCAAGACAGAUCCUGUAUGAAUACGCUGCGUGAUCCAAAGCAUCCAUGUAGCCUCUCCCACCUGAGAUGAGAAAAAUUAUUCAAAAGAGACCCUCUACGAAUGUGUCGAAUAAAAGGGACUUUCCAUGUUUGCAGGGCCUCACACACUAUAAUAGAAUUCAUACUGGGAAAAAUGCUGUCAGUUUGAUGCGUUCAGAAAAGCCUCCCUAUAGAAAGUAUUAUAAAGCAAA